AUGGCAGACUUCAACGCAACCAACAUCACGAAUAUUACAACUGAAGCUUCUACCAUUAUUGCGUCUACAAGUUCAACGUCUAAAACCGAAGUCACUAUGAAAGUAAUAAUAUCAGUUAUUGGAACCCUAGGUAUUGUGGGAAAUUUGAUCGUGUGUUUCGUCAUUCUCAAAGACCGUUUUCUGCGAACACUGACAAACAUUUUUAUAUUUAAUCAGUCAUUAAUUGACUUGACAAGUUCCAUUCUUCUCUUGGUAUUGAAUCUUGGGCCGACAAAGAAAACUGUCGUCGUGCCAAUGGGUGUUGCAGGAGAUAUUCUUUGCAAAAUCUGGCUCUCUCGCUACUUUAUGUGGGCGUCUUUCAACGUGUCCACAUUCAAUCUUGUGGCUUUAACGCUAGAGAGGUACGUAGCCAUUGUUUAUCCCGUUGUACACCACAAUCGGUUCACGGCAACCAAAGCCCGACGUAUCUGUGUUAUAGUUUGGAUCAUGGGUCUUGUUUACCAGUCUUAUUGGGCAAAGGCAAACUACAACAGAAACGACGGCUCGUGUGGAGUUGAAUAUCCAGAAGGUGCAAUGCAGAAAGCACUCGGUAUGAUGGCAUUCAUCGUAGAAUAUUUCUUCCCUCUUGCAAUCAUGUCUUUCGGGUACAUGAGAAUGUUCCUCGUGUUAAAGCGUCGUACGACUAAAAUCAGAUCAGCGGCAACCACUAGUGGCAAUGGUAGCAGCACACAGGAGGAAAACCCUUCGUUUGUCAAAGCUCGCAACAACGUCAUUAAAAUGCUGUGUAUAGUGUCUCUGACCUACGCACUGUGCUGGGCUCCCAAUCAAAUAAUGUACAUUGAAUAUAAUAUGUUAGGUGUGCACCAUACUGAAGUGGUCCGUGAUACAACAGUUGUGAUAGCAUUCUUAAACAUGUGCGUCAAUCCAAUGAUAUAUGCCCUUAAAUAUCGUCAAUUUCAAGAAGCAAUCAAAAAGCUAAUUUGCCGUCAAUAUGGCAACAACGUGGAGAACAGCGGCUUGUCUAAUAGCAGUAGAAAUACCACCAACCACCAAGGUACUGUUAGCACAAAGUUCAUUACAAGCCAGAGAAUUUCCGAAGACGGAAACACAUCGGGAGUUGGGAAGACACAACAUGGAGCACCGACCGGCUCAGAUAAGAUAUAG